AGGGGGAAAAGGAACAGAUGUUUAAUUGACCACAUUCAACCCCUGCAGAGUGCAGUUCAGAGGGUAUAGAAAGACCGAUCAUUUUUCAUGAAUAUGCAGGAAAAAAGAAAAAUCUUUUAAAGAACGGAAACCAUGUUUUUAUUAGAGAAGCUGGUAAUCUCUUGUACAGAUUAUUUGAAUUGGCGGAAAAAGAAUGAGAGUCGACAUGAGAGACAGGCAGAAAGGAAAAGACUGUUUCUAGACAACGGAAGCAAGGUCUUGGAGGAGCUGGUUGCCACUUGUAAUGGCAAGCAUACUCCAAUCCGUAGCUUCUCCCAUGAAGAACUCAGGUUAGCAACCGAUAACUUUGAUGGUCGUCGUGUUCUUCAUAAAAUCAGGAGUUAUAAAUGGUACAAGGGUUCUCUCGAUGACCGAAUAAUUUCCAUUAAGAAGUACGAAAAAGAUUCGAUCGAGCAAGAAUAUGUCGUCACCGAUAUCGCCAUUUCUGCAAAAGUAAGCGCUCACCAGAAUGUUUUAAAGCUAGUAGGGUGCUGUCUCGAGACUCAACUGCCCACUUUAGUAUAUGAAUCUGCCGUUGGGACCCUUGCCGAUCGUAUCUAUGUUAUCAAAGACGAUGGAACUCGGAACGAAUGUCAGCCCAUGGCAUGGCAGAGCAGGUUGAAGAUUACAAGGGAGAUUGCUCAUGCUGUUGCAUAUCUCCACAACGCCUUCUCCAGACCCAUCAUUCAUAGGGAUAUAAGAUUGGGAAAUAUCUGGUUAAACCAACACGAUGUUCCCAAACUGGCUGAAUUCUCGCUCUGCAUUUCGCUUCCCGAGGGUGAAACUUUUGUACAAGAUGAUGUGCGUGGGAGUAUCGGGUUCUUAUGCCCAAGCUAUGUUGCUACCGGCAAGGUAACAGAGAAAACAGAUGUCUAUAGUUUUGGAAUGCUGCUGUUGGUGAUUUUAACAGCGCAACGUCCUUAUAAUCGCGGUCGAGCAACGUCUGCUGAUGAAGAAGAAGAUGCGAGCUUGGUAAAUUACGUAAGAAAUCAUGCAAUAAGUCAAAUUGUGGAUCCGGCAUUAAGGGUGGAUGGAUCAGAAAGUGGAGUACUAAUAGGUAUGGAGGAACAAUUGCAAUCUGUACUGCAGCUUGCCCUCACAUGCGUAGAUGAGGAUCCAGAGAUUAGGCCGACCAUGAUUGAUGUUACAGAAGAACUACGGCGGAUUGAGAGGUUCGUUUCAUAAUUAUCUUCGAUCUCACGUAUGUACUUUUACAUGAUCCAAAUCCUUUGACGAAC